AUGCCGGUCUUGUUGGUCAGUGUUGCCUUAGGCGGGACAUUUCUUCUUGCCAGACGUCGGACAGAUAUGACAACAGCAAGUCGUAUUUCUCCGCGGGACAUGCAAUAUUUGUGUGAAGGAAGCAGCAACUUGUUGUGCAAAGCAAAGUCGGACGGCUAUGUUUUGCAGUUCAAGAAGGAUGUGUGUAAAGACAGGACUUCUCAGAUGAUUGAUUUGGAAAGACACAGGCUUAUGCAGCAGUUUUUGGCUCGCUGGUUUGCAGGUUCGAACGUGAGUGUACCAGAGAUUUUGAGUGUCCCGGCCAGUGAUGUUCGUGCUGUGGAUGCUCACAUACUUGCAUCUCGCUCCAAGGCAGUUCGCAAAGAGCGUUUGGAUGUUGGUUCAGAUAUCAGAGUAAUGUUGCUCCGCAGAGAAGACUUGUUAAGCCCAGCAUGCGUGUCGCUAGAGGUCACUCCCGGGUGUGGCUUGCAAGAGCUUCAAGGAAUACCAUCAAGACACUGCAUGAUGUAUUCAGAAAGCCUAUUGAACCCGACUCAGAUGCAGAACGAUCCCAAUUUGCAAGUUUUUUCGGCGGAUAUGGCAGAACGUUCUGCCGGACUUGCAGCAUCGUUGAGAGAGAAGAGCGACCAACAUUGCCUUCGUACAGAGAUGUUUGGAGCUGAUGGAGCAUGUUUUGGACUUGCAGGAAGUGCAAGAGGGGAUGUAGAAAAGUUCCUUCAACAGGUUGGCCUCUCUGUGGAAGAGAUUUCCAAGCUAGGUGCACAAGCGAUAAGACCUGUCCUGGCACCUCUCCAAAAGCUGCAGGCGUUUGCGGCAGGUAAUGCAGAGAAGUAUGCCGCGGAGGUCUUCGCUGCUUUGCACAAUCAAGGUGGUCAAGCUGCUGUGGAUGAUCUACUGGAUGGCCUCAAUGAUGCAAAGCUCAUCGAGGCUGUGGUAGGCAAGGCUAGAGCUCAACGAUCGAGUCCAAACGCAAUCAGGGUGCAGCAAGAGCAGGAAGCAGUGAAGUUGCUCUCCCACAAAUGGAAGUCAUACCAGGUUGAAGAAGCCAAGCGCUGGUUACUGCGCUUUCUUCUCGGGCGUGCAUCCUUCCAGGCAAAAGUGCUUCUCAACUUCUAUCAGGAAUCUCAAGGACAGACCGGACCUUGGGCAGAACAAAGGUUUCAGCGUGCAUCCGAGCUGCUUCCAAAAGAAGGUUGGACUUCUGGAUGGUGGGUUAGAGCUACGCUUGUGGGGAUUGAACUCAACCUCGACGAGAUAGCAAGGAGCAGCGCAGAGCUGGAGACCUUGGUCGCCAAAUACAAAGAGGUCUCACCAAGGCCAUCAUAG